AUGGAAAAAGUUAAAUUACAAAUCCAUUGUCUCAUUGAAGAGAAUGAAAAAGAUCUUAAAAAGCGGCAAAGUAAAGCCAAACAAGGUCAUAUUUGUCUGUACUGUGGCAAGUGCUAUUCCAGAAAAUACGGACUGAAAAUCCAUAUUCGGACACACACGGGUUACAAGCCGUUAAAAUGUAAAUUUUGCGAUAGACCUUUUGGAGAUCCCAGUAAUUUGAAUAAACAUGUCAGAUUGCAUGCCGAAGGUUAUACACCGUACAAGUGUGAACUGUGUGGAAAAAUCUUAGUAAGACGACGAGACCUGGAAAGACAUCUGAAAUCCAGACACAUGAUGGAAACGCAUUUGGGCCAGGAUAUUUUACCAUCAAAUUCGCCAGCUGCCAGUAACGAUGAUUCCAAUUCUGUAAAUGAGGAAACCAUCGAAAUUCAGAAAUCUUCUGAAGACGUCAUAAAUCUGACAUCUAACAUUAAAAAGGAGAAUAAUGCAGAUGACCAUUCUUUAACCAGCAUUAAGUCGGUUGAAGACGAUGACAACAAAAAUGUUUAGAGUUAUAAACAAUUGAAGUUUCCUUUACACAAUGUUAUUAUUAAUAAUAAAAUUAUUGACAAUUCUCUUAUCUCAUGAUCUAGUAUUUUUAAAAUAAUGUAAAUAAAUAUAAUUCUUGUUAAUCCUCA